AUGGAGGUGAAUGCUAAGCUAUCUGCAUAUGAAGGAAAAGACUUGGAGGAUGCUACUAUGUACCAACAAUUGGUAGGAAGUCUUAUCUAUUUAACACUGACGCGGCCAGAUAUUUCAUUUGCAGUUGGAGUUGUAAGUCGGUAUAUGCAAAGUCCAAAGAAACCUCACUUGGAAGCAGUCCGAAGAAUAUUAAGGUACGUUAAAGGCACUAUAAACUUGGGGCUUCUGUAUAAAAGAGGAGAGGAAUGCAAGUUAGUUGGUUACUGUGAUGCCGACUAUGCUGGAGAUCAUGAUACACGACGAUCGACUACUGGAUAUAUAUUCAGCCUUGGUUCAGGAGCAAUAUCUUGGUGCAGUAAAAGACAACCAACUGUGUCUCUGUCAACUACAGAAGCAGAAUAUAGAGCAGCUACUAUGGCAGGGCAGGAAGGUGGUGAUGUAUGA